CAAGGUUCCAAGCGAGCUGAGCCGAUACUAAAAUGCGACGUCAAAAGACUGCCGGCCACUGAUUGGUCAGAGGGUGUCAUCACUAAACAAACAGGACUGCACUGUGAAAAAGCCCUCACAACAUCACAACGUUUAAAAAGAGCUGACACACGAGAGAAACAUCACAGCUGUGACCAAUGUGGUAAAGCUUUCACUACAGGUAGUAAUCUACAAGUCCACCAACGUAUUCACACCGGAAAGAAACCAUACAGCUGUGACCAAUGUGGUAAAGCUUUCACUAAAAAGAGUUCUCUUAAAGUCCAUGAACGCAUUCAUACUGGAGAGAAACUGUACAACUGUGAACAAUGUGGGAAAGCUUUCACUACAAAUGGUGCCUUAAAAAUCCACUACCGUAUUCACACUGGAGAGAAACCAUACAGCUGUGACCAAUGUGGGAAAGCUUUCACUACAAAUGCUGAAGUAAAAUUGCACCGACACAUUCAUACCGGUGAGAAACUGUACAGCUGUGACCAAUGUGGGAAAGCUUUCAUCACAAAAUGCAGUCUACAAACCCACCAGCAUAGUCAUACAGGUGAGAAACCGUACAUCUGUGGGCAAUGUGGUAAAGGCUUUACUACAGACGGUAAUCUACAAACCCACCAGCAUAGUCAUACUGGUAAGAAACCGUACAUUUGUGGGCAAUGUGGGAAAGGCUUUACUACAGACGGUAAUCUACAAAUCCACCAACGUAUUCAUACUGGUGAGAAACCGUACAGCUGUGACCGAUGUGGGAAACUUUUCACAACAAAUGGCGCCUUAAAAAUCCACUACUGUACUCACACUGGUGAGAAACCAUAUAGAUGUGACCAAUGUGGGAGAAGUUUCACUCAAAACACAGAGUUAAAAAGACAUCUACGUACUCACACUGGUGAGAAACUGUUUAGCUGUGUCCAAUGUUCGAAAACCUUCACUCAAGUGGGUAAUUUAAGAAGCCACUGUCACACUCACACAGGUGUCAGUAAUGUGGGAAUACUUUUAUUCACGAGACUUCCUUAA